GAAGGGCAGUAGUAUGAACAAUACUUGCAUAAUUAUAAAAACGUACUUGCCACCACACCAGGUCAAAAUUUAUUACGGUCACUUUUAUUUCCCUUUUAGUAGCCACGUGCCAUGGCCCAGCUUCGAUUUAUGAUUUUGAGCGAAGGCCUAAUAAUCUAAAUCAUAACAACGUUUUGAUACACUCAAAAACUCAAAAAUUAUGUUCCAUAAAAAAGUGGUAUAUCUUACCACCCUGCCAAUACCGUAAACGGUAUUGUAGUUGUAAGAUGUACAAUAUUUUUGAUUGGCCUUAAUCUGCGCGUUCGUUCUGGACAAGAAUCUAAAAUAGUAUGCAUUGAUCACAUAAAUGCCAACUGCCAAGAUGCACAUAGCGGUGAGUGGAGAAACUUACAGUACAUCGUGGGCAUCUUUUGCUAAAAAAUGGGAUUAUUAUGCGGUGUUUUUAUAGCAACUGUAAUUGUAAUUUUUUCGGUUAUGGCAACAGAUCUUGCGGAUUUUGGCAACACUAAAGAUUCUGCUGAACCUGAUUUGGAGGAAUCGCUAUUUGAACCCAGAGCAGACGUGUACAAUGCCACCAUAACCGGCGCGUCAAAGCCAAACAUUCUUGUUUUCAUCGCGGAUGAUUUGGGCCAUGCCGAUUUAAGUUAUUCCGAAGGCAAUCUGCAAACCCCAACACCAAAUAUCGACAAAUUAGCCUGGGAUGGAAUAAUACUGAAUCGACACUAUGUCAAUCCCAUAUGCACGCCAACCCGCGGAGCGUUCAUGACAGGAAGAGACGCGUUCCGUGUUGGCUUACAAACAGCAGCCAUUAGCGAAGGCGAACCAUGGGGGUUACCUUUACAGUUUAAAAUACAACCUCAGUAUUUCAAGGAUCUUGGAUACACAACAGCAGCCGUUGGCAAAUGGCAUCUUGGAAUGUACACGCGACAGCAUUUCCCCAAUGCAAGAGGCUUCGAUUAUUCGUACUGGUUCCACGGCGGCGAUGCGAACUGGUUCAACGUUAGUACCGGAUGGCUCACACCCGUUCUCAAUCACGGGAAAGCCUUUCGCGAAAACGGAAAGAUAAUCUUUUCCAAUAUAACCAACAAUUAUUAUUUUCCUGAACAAAUGACAGCAAAAGCCGAACAAAUAAUCCACGACUUUGAACCAAAUAAGCCCUGGUAUCUAUAUUUCGCCACACCGGUCACGCACACCGCCAUUGCAGCCUACGGACCAGAACAGCACGUCAUGGCCAGCUAUCAGCUUCGCCCGCCUGUCCGCUCAUUUUCAAAUCAGUUUCCCGAAAGGAAGAAACAACUGGGUAUAAUUCAAGUCCUAGAUGAGCAGUUUCGCCGAUUAACUAACGCACUGACGUACACCGGAGCCAUUAAUAACACGAUAAUUGUGUUUAUGGCGGAUAACGGCGGACCUCUGCCGGAAGUUGCCGGUUUUAUUCAUGGCAGUAACCACGCUAGCAAUUGGCCGCUUCGCUUGGGUAAAGGUUCGCUGUUCGAAGGUGGAGUGCGCGGUUUAUCGUUUAUCUGGUCACCCUUGCUAAAACGCCGCGGCCGAGUGACCAACCAGCUGUUCCAUGUCUCUGACUGGUUGCCGACACUGUAUGAAGCUGCUGGCGGGAAUGUAAGGGAUUUGGUUAACGUCACCGGAGUGAGUCAGUGGAAAUCUUUGUUCCACGGAAAUAAUUAUGGCCCGCGAACUGAACUCGUGAACAACAUUGAUUCCAUCUUGAACCAGUAUGCUAUGGUGUAUCAAGAUCAGUACGGUGGAAUGUACAAACUUAUUGGUGGAAACGUCUUUAACAACCAGUUUUUUGGAUGGGACCGCACAGAAGGCACAAGUCCUGGCAAUGAGAUGAAGAGCUGGAGCCCGGUAUCUGUGGAAUGUAAUUUUCCCGAUGGUAUGGAAGUCAGCACAUGCCGGCCGUAUCAGAGUGACUGUCUGUUCGACCUCAUCAACGAUCCCUGUGAGACGAACAAUAUCGCCGCAUCAUUUCCGAGUAUGACGCAGCUUCUCCAACAGAAAAUCAAAAAUUACAAUGGCUCAUCGUUUCCCGCACAAGUGCGACCUUUUGACCCCGCCUCCAAUCCCGAUCUUCAUCAGGGUUUGUGGACACCGUGGCUAGAUCCUGUGGAAGUUUUGGAUACAGUGCCACUGACCUUUCAAACAUUUACUCCAACCAAUACGUUAUAAUAAAACGGCAAGUUCUCGUUGUUUUAUGUUUUCUUGUUAACGAAACUGGUUUAAUUGAUAUCAGUGUUAUGCAGUACUUUUAUGUACAUUUUACGGCGUUCGUAUGUCAACGGCCUACUGACAGUAAGCUUUAAUUGUUAAGCUCUGCUGUGAAUUAAGGAAGUAGCCGCAUCUAACGAUAUACAUUUCACGUGGGUGAAUAAA